UAUAGCUACCUAUUGUUUUCUUCUCUCCCUUCUGUAGGCUUGAUUGCAAUGGCCGUCCGUGUGGUUUCCAUUACCAAAGCUGAGAGGGAAAGGAAAUGGAAGUGGAGCAGCUCUUAAGCGGCAAGCACGGCUUUCAGAAGAGGGAAGAAGAAGAAUAAUUUGGCCUGGAAUUAAUGGAUCCUGGUUCUGGUUCUGGUGCAAGAGCCGGCCUGUGUUCGAAUCGCAUCAACGGUGCUCCUAUGUAUCCCUGUAAUGGUUCUGGUGGGAAGUUCGAAUCGGAGAUUGAUGGGCUGCUUGCAAACGCUGGGUAUACUGUCAGGGCCUCUGAGUUGGCUCAUGUAGCGCAGCGCCUGGAGCGGCUGGAAAGCGUUAUGGGAGCAGUUCAGGACCCUGGAUUGUCUCAUCUCGCAUCCGAGGCUGUUCAUUAUAAUCCUUCGGACUUGGCCGGAUGGAUCGAGUCCAUGCUCGGGGAGCUUAAUCCAGGUCUGCUCGAUGCCGGCGCCGUAUUCCGCUCACAGCCGCCCCCUCCCCCCGCCCCUGCUCCUGGUCCUGCCCCUGUUGCUGGUUCUGGUUCUGGUUCUGGUUCUGCCCCUUUUAGCGACAAUAGUCGACUUGUAGGUCACGCGCCUCUUUCCGAAAUGGAUAUGGACAUGGCGUUAAUGGCGGAUUACGGCGUUAAUGGGGGUUUGCAAUUCAAUGGUAACCCCCACCUUCCACGGGCUUUUACUGCUGAAGUGCCUGCUGCGGGUGUUUUCUCCUCUGUUGGCGAGCAGCAAAGGCGGGGCAUGCCCAAUCUGGUCUCAGCUAAACAUCAUCGGCUAGGGUUUCAAUCUGCCGCCUGCGAGGGCGACGAUGAGGGUUCGAGUGUGACGCAGUGGGGGCCCGUACAGCAGGUGCCGGCCGUGGUUAAUGGCGAUGAGGGCGCGCAGGAAUCGGGCAUUCGUCUUGUGCAUCUGCUCAUGGCCUGCGCUGAGGCGAUUCAGCGAAACGAUUUGAAGAUGGCAAGCAGCAUGGUGCAGGAGAUUCGAAUGAUGAUGAGAAACCCUAGUGGAGCGAUGGGGAAAGUGGCGUCGCACUUCGUGGAGGCCCUGGCGAGGCGGAUUUAUGGACUCAAUAGCCCCGAAUCGAGCGUUGGCCAGGCCGAUGCACAAUCCGAGCUUCUGUACCACCAUUUCUACGAGACCUGCCCUUAUUUGAAGUUCGCUCAUUUUACGGCUAACCAGGCGAUUCUGGAAGCGGUGGAAGGGCACGACAGAAUCCAUGUGAUCGACUUCAAUCUGAUGCAUGGAUUACAGUGGCCGGCGCUGAUCCAGGCACUGGCUCUCAGGGCCGGGGGCCCGCCCUUUCUCAGGCUCACCGGCAUCGGACCACGCCAGCCGGACGGCCGAGACGUCCUGCAAGAAAUAGGCAUGAAGCUUGCUCAGUUAGCCGAAUCGGUCAAUGUUGAGUUCGAUUUCAGAGGCGUAAUGGCCGAUAAGCUGGACGAUGUGAAACCCUGGAUGCUACAGCUCAGGGCCGGAGAAGUUAUUGCCGUCAAUUCCAUUUUCCAGCUUCAUCGUCUACUGUACAAUGACCCUUCCGGAUCGUCCCCCAUUGAUGCCGUGCUCAAGUCCGUGAGGAGCCUAAAGCCCAAAAUUGUGACAGUCGUUGAGCAGGAGGCCAAUAACAACGCUCCUUUGUUUCUGGACAGGUUCACGGAAGCUUUACACUAUUAUUCUACCAUGUUUGAUUCUCUCGAAGCUUGCAAUCUUCCACCUCACAGCACCGAGAAACUUCUGGCAGAAAUGUAUAUUGAGAAAGAGAUCUGCAACAUAGUGGCCUGCGAAGGCCCCUUCCGAGUAGAAAGACAUGAACCUCUUUCACAAUGGAGAAUGCGGCUUGGCAGCGCCGGCUUCAGGCCGGCACACUUGGGAUCCAACGCCUUCAAACAGGCCAGUAUGCUUUUGACCCUCUUCUCUGGCGAGGGCUUCACUGUAGAAGAAAAUAAUGGAUCUCUGACGCUCGGCUGGCACAGCCGACCUCUCAUCUCUGCCUCCGCGUGGCAAGGCAUUUAGGGUUUCCUCAAUUUGUCGAUCGAUCGAGCGAGCAUCAAAUUAAACCGCGCGCCCUUGCCAAAUUAAAGAUCGCGCGUAUUUAAUUCACAGAUGGCCUGGUCAGCAGACCAUCUGCCGCCUCGGAUCCUUUGAACUUGGGACAACAAAACUCAGAAAUUCAGUUCCUGAAUUUUCAUCUUUCCGCGGUGCCUGGUGUACAUUCUCUUCUGGUUUUUGCAUUUUGUUUUACAUUGAAUAGAAUAAUAAUUAUAUGCUGCGGCAUAGCUCUCUGAGAAAACAUUCAUGGUUAUGGCAGCCCACGGCUAGGGUUUCCACCUCUACUGUUUAAAUUCUCUUUCGAAAUUUACAUGUUUGAGCCAGCAGUCACCCAAAUAUUAUGAAUGUUUUUGUA